AUGAUUCGAAACGCUCCAACACCUUUCCCUCCCAUUUUUCCAACGCUCGAAGGAAAACGGAGACCCAAGAAACACAUGGAGCUAGUCACCCCAAGGCACUACAAGGGCGCAACAGUUUUUAGCUCCCACCUCACAGGCCACAGGUGGCGCCAGCCCCCCGCCCUCCCCGCGCCCCCCACUCCUCCGCUUCUCGCCUGGGCUCCCCGCGCACACUCGGGGCGUCUCGGGCCUCAGGGCCGUCCUUCACGGUGGGUUCCGGCCUUGACCCACCGCCCCCAGGCCCGGAUAGCUCCAGCGCGGGGAACCCAGGCCAGGGGCCUCCGCCCGCCAGCCCGCGCGGCCGCCACGCCCCCUCCCCACGGGCAGCCCGCGCCGCCCGCCCCCUCGGCCGGGAGGUGGCCUCACCUCACGCGGGCCGUAGCAGGGAGGGCGCCCGCGUCUCCGCCCGCCGCCCGGGCCCACGGCCGCUCGGCUGCGGCUCGGCCCCGACGGCCGGCGGCGGCGCGCUUCUGGGGGCGGGCUCUUCUCGGCGGGGGUUUCCCCGGGGCUUCCCAGCAAGGCUAUUGA